ACAAGCAUCAACGUGGCUCAGCAAAACCCCACGCGCACUCCAACUCCGCCCGGUGCCUACCGUAUCACCGACAACAACUUCCGUGUCCUUACCGAGCGAGGACCAGCAACCCUUUACUUCACACCAGGCACUACCGAAGGCACCUACGAUCGUGAUAGCGGAGGCAACUCCAGACGUUGGGCACGCCAAGAAAUCAUAUACUCGCAGCAUCAUCCGUAUCCCCCACCAAUGUCUUCGCAGGAAUACCAAGCUUUGGUCGCUCUGAUGACCCAGCUAGCCACUCAGGUCACGGCCCUGGGCAACACCGUCAACAACCUCGUCACCGUAUCACAGCAGCAGGUUAACGCUCAGGCCGGCACCGUUACGCUGGAGGCCAACAUCGAGAAACCGGCCAAGUUCAAAGGAGAUGGAAGCAUCGCGCAGAAUGCUAGUGGCGCCCGGGCAUUCAUCGCCGCCUUUACCAACUUCGCUGCCAACAAUGUCAAGCUCUCACCCGGAGGCACGCCCAAGCAGAGCGCGUGGAUUCAAUCCUUCCUUUCGUUCAUGGACGGACCGGCGCGCGAAUGGGCCGUACCUUAUCUGGAGGCCAUCGCCGAUAAGAAAGAUCCGUGGGCGUCAUGGGACGAAUGCAAGAAGGCGUUCAGCACGCGCUUUAGCGUCAUCGCCUCGGACGAAACGGCCCGUGAUCGCAUCGAUAAGCUCCAGCAAGGCAACCGGUCCCUGCCCGACUUCGCAGCAGAGUUUGCCGCAGUAGGCGCGCUCACCGGCUACAACGACGCGGACCUCAUGCGCCGUUUCCGCAAGGGGCUCAAGCCUAGCUUCAGCGAGAAGCUCGCCAUCCGUGGAGGGAAGUACACCAAGCUUAGCGAGCUCAUCGACGCGGCUAGCCAGCUCUACAACGACCUCUAUGAGGAAGACCGCCGGCAUAAGAACAGUACCGGCUCCAGUUCUCAAAGCGCGGACUACGGCGAGGCCAUGGACAUAGACGCACUGCGCCAAGGCUCGAAGAAGAACCGCUUCGACUUCCUCAAGUGGAUGAAGGGUCGGUGCUUCGGUUGUGGGUCCCAGGACCACAACAAGUCGGACUGCACUCGGGUCCGGAGCGGCGCGGCCUGUGGAUACUGCGGGCGGAUCGGGCACUUCCAGGACGUCUGCCAAGACAAGUACCUCGGUCUUGAUCGGGGGCGUGGGCUGCGUUCUAGCCCGGGCCGCUCGAAUGAUAACUCGGACCGGAACAUCCGUGGCGCGUCCCAGGAAGAGGACAAAGCCGAGCAGCUGGCUGCCAAGCUCGACAAGAUCCAGCUGCAGCUCAAAGAGCUCAACGCGGCCAAGGCGGAGGUAGAGGAAGGGUUGAAGGAUUUUCUGUAA